AUGCAUUUCGCUAUACCUCCCGAGUAUCAAUCAGAACUUGUGGCAACUGAACCAGUUGAACUCAGAUCCGAUGAAGAGAUUCUUUCCUCACUAGAGCAGUACAGGCCUGUGACUUCUGAGAAGAACAUCUGGGCUUUUUGGGAUUCAGGUUUACGGACUAUGCCCUCCUGGUGCCAGCGAAAUAUACCUGGCUCUCCCAAUCAUGUCCUCAAGUUCAUUGACAGGGAGAUGCUGCCUGAGGCGUUCUUGAGCGGAACUAUGGAUGGCCAGCAUGCCGGGCAACAUGCUGCUGAUUGCAUCCGGGGUCCGCUUCUGUUCCGGUACGGGGGCGUUAGUAUGGACGUUGGGUGUCUUCUGAUUAGACACAUCGAUCGCAUUUGUUGGGAUUUGCUUGCAGAUCCAGAUUCACCGUACGAGAUAGCUGUGCCGGUUCUGUAUGGCCAGACCAUCGCGAAUCACUUCGUUGCCGCUCGGAAGAACAACGUCUUCAUAGAGAAAUGCGACAAUCCCUUGCUGGGAUUCAUCAAAGAUAUACGCUACGAUGACGCCACGGACUUUCACUGGGACUGGAAAGUACCGGUAACUCAGUUUCUAGAGUACAUUGCCCAGGUUCUAUGCUGGCAACGUUUGUGCUUGAUUCGUGACACGGACGAUGAGUUCAAAAGUUCUGAAUACUGGCAGCAUAAAAUUCUCUGCAUCAACGCGCUCAACGACGUCUGGGGCGGCGAGAAAACCUUGGGCUUCGAUGGCAUUGGCCCUCGGAUGUACAAUCUCUUGACUAUUCGUCUUGAUGCUGAUCCGGAUGCGACAGACUACAAGGAUGCGUACAAGCUUGUAUGGCGAUUAUUGAGCAAAUCAAGCUUUCAGAAGGUGACACGGGCGAAGAACCUGACGCACACGCCACAUCUCGGAACUUUGUGGGAUCAGAACGAGGGGCAAGAUUGUGUGGCUGGAUCAUUUGGGGAGCUUCUACGGUACGGAGCGGUACACUUCCGCCAGAAGCGUGAGAAGAUCGAGCGUAAGGAGGCUUGUGAGCCUAGAACUCUCAUGGAGAAAGGGCUCUUGGAGGCCUAG